UCGUUUUGUCCCUCCCUGUAAUCACAGACCAUGAGGCCGCCUUAUGAGACCUCCUGGUGCUCUACCCUUAGCUGAAAUUACGCUUUGAAAUUAGUCUUGUUUUCAGUUCAGCUUUCCUAAUUCCUUUUUUCACUCAAACGAAAGCUAUAACGCUUUGAAGUUCGUCUUCUUCCUCGUGAAUACUGAAUAACAAUCAUACCUUUUGAUAUUCAAGCCAACAUUUGCGGUGAAUUAUUGUAUCAUCGAAACUCCAAAACCCGAUAGUUUUCCCCAACUAAAACUGGGUUUCAUUUCUUUGAGCUUAAAACAUGGGGGAGCUUCAAAACUCAUCUUCAAUGGCUGUUUCUACCACUUCCGGUGAAGCAAGUGUAUCUUCUUCAGGAGGACGGCCACCGAAGAAGAAAAGAAAUCUUCCUGGGAUGCCAGAUUCAGAAGCCGAGGUAAUAGCUUUAUCUCCAAAAACCCUAUUGGCCACCAACCGAUUCGUUUGCGAGAUCUGCAAAAAGGGCUUCCAACGCGACCAAAACCUUCAACUCCACCUCCGUGGCCAUAACUUACCGUGGAAGCUCCGGCAAAGAACAACCGGGAAAGAGAUACGAAAGCGAGUCUACGUUUGCCCCGAGCCGGGGUGCGUACACCACGAUCCGGCUCGAGCCUUGGGUGAUCUCACCGGAAUCAAGAAACACUUUUGCAGAAAACACGGUGAAAAGAAAUGGAAAUGCGAGCAGUGCUCUAAAACGUACGCCGUUAAGUCCGACUGGAAGGCCCACAUGAAGACCUGUGGCACGCGAGAGUAUAAAUGCGAUUGUGGCUCCGUUUUUUCCAGGAGGGAUAGUUUCUUUACGCAUAGAGCUUUCUGCGAUGCCUUGGCCGAGGAAACCGCCAGGGUUGGAGCAGCAACUGCACCGCCGCCUCCACAGUCUUUAGCACCGUCUAUUGCACCGGCGGCACCCAUAGAGGGCACAACAUCCCUCUCACUUUCCUCUCCGCUCUUCCUAUCCAACAAUGUCUCUUCAAUCUUGAACGGACCAGUCAUAUCGGCCACUGCAUUGCUACAGAAGGCUGCACAAAUGGGAGCAGCGGGACCGUACCCUUCACUAUUCCGUGGGCUAGGCUUUGCUGUGUCAUCACCAUCAGCACCCUCUGUUGAGAACCAUCUCAACAUUAAGUCAGAAAACAAUUCAACGCCGACAGCAAGUAUUGGCCUCGGCAUUCCCUUGAUAGGCCCAUCCCCGCCAACGACGCUUGAUUUUCUAGGGCUUGGCAUGGGUGAUGGUGGAACUUCCUCGACAGGAUUAUCUGCUUUGCUCUCUUCAUUUGCAGGCGGGUCCGAUGUGGAAGCAGCUUCAACGGCAGCAUACGGCGCAGGUGGGAGUUCGAAUAGAGAACCAUGGGAAGGAGCAGCCGAGUGAAAUCCCAAUGGUUAAACCUUCCAUACCAGUGCUUAGUAACCGAGAUAAAAGAUUUUGUGUUUUGUUUCCGUUUUACAGUUAGUUUGCUUUUGUUUAAAAUAUGGGAUAUAUCAUGAUUGUAACCAUCGUAAAUGGUACAUUACCUGUACUUUUGUUU